CACUGGGCAAGUGCAUUAGAGCCAUGUGGCAGCCGUUGAGAAAAUUCCUCGCCCCGGGGCCGGAACUGCUUUCAUUCGGUUUACAAAUGCUACGCUUCAUUGGACUUUGGGGUGACCGGCGACAAGUGGUACGUUAUCUACUGGUCCUUUUCAGUGAGUUUAUUUUCCUGAUCGGCCCAAAAGCGCUUCUCGGUUCGGACAAGGAAGGAUUCGACUCGACGGCCCGUAAUAUCGGGGAGCUGAUCUUUCUGGUCGAGGUUUGCAUCUCGAUUGGCAUUUUUGCCAGUCGGCGGGCUUCGUUCGAACGCUUGAUCGUGGUUCUGGAGAACAUUCUUCGCCGGAAGUGGCCCCGAAAUCUACAGGACGAAAUAUACCGCUUUCACCGAAGGAUGGAGUUUUUCGCCCGAGCCUAUGCGCUGUAUAUAGGAUUUCUGCUGUUCCUGUACAACUGUGUUCCGAUAGGGUCAACAAUCGUCAAACUAAUCCGCUUCGACGAGUCGGAAAGAAGUGAUUUCAUGUUGGUGGUUGAACUACAAUUUUUCUGGUUCGACAUUCGACGCAAUGUGGUUCACUACGCUAUCUACAUGGCAUUCUGCUUCGUGGCGGUAAGUUGUUCAGCUUACCAAAGCACCCUCAAAGGUUCGGUUAUCGUGGUGGUGACUCAAUAUGGUUCCAAGUUGUUUGAGCUCAUUAGCAAGCGGAUCGAUGCCAUGCGAAGCAUCGAAAGGGCCGCUGACCGGGAUCGUGAACUUCGGGAGAUUGUCAAGCUGCAUGGUAUGGCUUUGGAGUACGUACAACAUUUGGAGUCCACGAUCAGCUUCGUUAUGAUAAAUCAGAUCAUGAACUGCAUUUUCAUUUGGUGCUUGAUGAUGUUCUACGUUUCGACGAACUUUGGCCCCAAUGCAGCAAACGUGAUGCUUCUCUUCUUGGUGCUGAUGGGGGAAAUGGUGGUCUACUGUUUGAACGGAACUGCUCUCAGUGAACAAGCGGCCGGUGUUGGUCAUGCAAUCUACAACUACCCUUGGUACAAAGAAUCGGUGGCAAUGCAGAAGAACAUGCAGCUAAUGAUUCAACGGGCUCAACGACCGACCGGCAUUACGGCAGCCAAAUUUUACUUCGUGAACAUCGAACGGCUCGGAUUGGUCACCCAGGCGUCGUAUUCUUACUAUUUGAUUCUGAAGAAUAGAUUCUAGAAUGAUUUCGUUGGCUUCAGACCAGGUUUGAUAGGCACACUGCACUAAUUGUUGUUUUCGCAAAGUAACUACCGUUCAGAAAUGCAUAAUAAUAUUCCACAAUA